CGAAGGUUGGCAACCCCGCAUUUCGCAGCGCAACGCACAAACACCAAACACAGCAAGCACAACCCACACCGCCUGACAUUCACGCACACAACAAACGACGACGCUGACGAUCCAACCACUCCUCUUCCUUCCACUGUCAGGUUGGGUGGUUGUGUGCUUCGAAGCUUUGCUGCUGCGCUCGAGGCAGCACACACGUCGUCCAGCAGAGUAAGGAGAAGAAGGCACCGCGUGAGGAAAGAGAGGGGAUUGUUGUCAACCCUUCAAGACUCAUCUGCCCAUCCAUAUCCAGUCAAAGCCGCGCUCCCUUGUUUUGUUGUUGGUAGUGGUGCCUUUUUACGACCUUCCGCACCUGUGAUCGUUUUGUCGCGGCAAGUAGUAUUUAGUUGCCUGGCUGUUGUGGCAUGAGCAACACGGACCGGCGGGCGCCGGUGCACCGCACUCGCCUCCAUGGUCUCAUCAGCGUGAGCCGCCUCAGCACAGCCGACACAUCCCAGGAACGCCCAAAGUCGGCCGAGUAUGGCGUGCUUCGAGUCGACAACCAAGGCCCCGGCAGCUACCACCUGUCUCCGAUGGUGCUCCGGCGCCACGCGCUCGCACAACAGCAACUGGAGCACCAGCGCGUGCGCAAGACCUUGCAGCAGCUCAAAGUGCACAGCCAGUCCAUGAGCAAUCUCCUCGGGAAACCAACGGACAUGACGCAGCGACACAUGCUGCUGACGCGCCAGUCCAGGCCGCGCUCCCGAAGCGUUGACAGGCACUCUCGUUCGCCCCGCACCACCUCCCGGCUGAACGAUGAUGCAAAUGGCGUCCCUGGCCUCAUGUACCCAUCUGCCCUGCACCCGCGACGGGGCUCACUGCUCGGUCCCUCGACGACAACGGCGCGCCGCUCAUAUCCGCCUCCGCACACGCCAGACACGUUCAUGCUGGCAGCACAGGGCCACCGCGGGUCGAGCGACGGCGCAAUGCCGCCCAUCGCAGGCGACCGCGGCCAGCGCUACACGCGAUACAGCCCCUCUGUUGGGGAUCCGGACGCGCCAUCCCACCGCAGCAGCACGCAGGCCGUCUCGCUCCCAUCGCUCUUCCGCAACGCAACAACAGAGACCCUGCAGUCCACAGCGGGCGGCGACGGUGCUGGCACCAGUGGUGACCGCGCCCAGCCGAGCGAUGUGCACGCGCGUGGUGGAGGCACUCGCCACCGCAGCAGCAUCGACCAGUUUCUGAUGGACCCAAUGUCCGGUAGCCACCACAUGCAGGACGCCGAGUUUCGUCAUGCCAUGCGCCUCACACCAUUCAACAUCAAGGAGCUUUUGCUCAGGAAAAUGAACAUUCCCCCCAACAUCGCCGCGAUGGACGACGACGAAGCAGAGAACGCAGACUUUAUGAACUUUGUCGUCAGCCUGGCAAUACACGGGCGGCGUCUGAUGAUGACGCGCGACGACAGAAAACACAAUCUCGGGCCCCACGAGCGCAAACACUCACCGAAGGCGCGCCCUGAUCGGCAGACGUGCAAGUUCUGCGUUGCCAUCCGCGUGGGCGGCGGGUAUGUGUUUGUUGGAUUUGCAGACGAGGAAGGCCGCUGUAUUGGGUGUGGUCGCUUCCUUGACUUUGACCUGAGCGACCCAACGCAGGCGUCCAUGGUCAACUGGGCUGUGCAGUUUGCACGCCACCGCCGCCGCAUGAAGGGAAAGGGUGGACGGAAGGGUCAAGGUGGUGGCGCCAACGGUGGGGAUGGCGUUGAUGACGAUGAUGAUGGUGGCGGCAGGAGGAAGGGUCGCCGUGGCGGUAUCGGUGGGGAUGGGGGCGAUGGUGAUGACGAGCAAGCACGCCUCGCCAAAGAACGACAGCUCGCAUGGGCUUCAAGGCAAGCCACGCGUGCCGGCAACCGUGACGGCGACGGAUUUGAUGGGCGCGGCGACCAUGGUUACAACAGCGGCGCAUACGGCAGCGGCGGUCGUGGUGCACACGGUGACAUCGGUGGUGGUGAUGGUGAUGGUGAUGGUGAUGGUGAUGGUGGGCGGAACGGGCGUGCUGACGGACUGUACGGAGGGGGUGGUGACGGCUCACUGGGGUCCGGUAGCGAUGGCCGUGGUGGUGUUGGCGGUGAUGGGUUUGGUGGUGGUGGUGGUGGUGGCUUGUGGGGUGAUGGCCACGGUGGUGGUGGUAUUGGGGACAGCCUGGGUCGUGGUGGUGGCGGUGUGAAUGGGUUUGGUGGUGCUGGCACGAACGGCGACGGGUCGGGAACCGACAACAUCAGCGGUGGUGGGUUUGGUGAUGAUGAUGAUGAUGGUAACGGUAUGGGUGGCGGUGGUCGACGUGGCAGUCGCGCUGCACGCAGGAGCGUGACGUUUGAAAACGACGCAUUCGCUGGCAUCAAUGGCGAUGGAAGCGGUGGUGGUGAUGGCGGUCCCGGCAACGACGGUACCGGCGGCCGCGGUGGCAGUGGUGGUGAUGGUAGCGGUGAUGGUCACAGUGGUGAUGAUGGCAGCGGUGACGAGGAAGGCGAUGAGCUCGUUGACCUGAGCACCGGUAGGCACGUUGCCGCCAAGACGUCGUCAUCAACCGCUGCGAAGAAGCCGCGCGGGAGUCUCAGCAAAGCGCGGCGCAAGAGCACCCGUCGCAAGCUGCGUGUCGGUGAUGGCGACGAUGACGAUGAUGACGAUGGCGCCGGCGAGAGGUCGCGGCGUGCGAGCAUGGCCCUCUCGGAGGCGCUCUCGGAGGCGCAGAAGUCUGCGCGCAAGAAGCGCCACAAAAUGCCGCCACAGGUCCACGCCGAUCCUUCCGGCGCAGCUCAAACGCUUCAGUCGAUGAUCAAAGGUGGCGAUGACGAGCUACUUGACGAAGAAGCGGCUGCGAGUGAUGCCAUCAAGUACGCGUACAACUACUGCAUCCUCGACCCAGAGCACGUGAAGUAUUAUCUGAAAGUGUUCAAGGACGUUGAUGCGAACGGCGAUCACCGACUCGAUUACAAAGAGCUUGGCCGCGGGCUUCGGCAAGUGAACAACCAUCUCAUCACGAAUCGCGAAGUGGACUAUGUGCUGCGCGUCUUGGACGUUGUCAACGAAAGCAUGGGCAGACAGCACAGGGAGAACAAGCGUCGCAUCAGCUUUCGUCUGUUCUCCGUCAUUGCUGCCCUCUCAGAACGCGUCACAAAACUUGACAGUGUUGUGCGCAACAAGAUCAACACAAUGGAUUACCGCGCACUCGAGGAAAAGCUCAAGCACGCCAAACACCUUUUCUACGUCAACGAUCUCCGCAAGACCGGCACCAUCAGCAUGGAGGCGUUGGAGAUUGAGAUGCAGGCUGGCAACCUCAAGAGCAGCCACCGCCGCGAGGUGAUGCAGCAAAUCGCGCAGGAAGGCAUCGAGGAGCUGACCUUCCUGGACUAUUUGGCGUAUAUUCCUCUCUUCCUGGACAUCCAUGAUGCAAUUUUGGACAAUCCAUUGGACGACUCGCGCAACCGCGACUUUGCGCAAUAUCGUUCGGGGAAACCCGGUCCUGUUGGCCUCUGAUGAUGACGUCGUCCGUACACGCACACACACACGCACACGUGGGCGCCAGCGCGCUGCUUGGGGUGUGUUGCGUUUUCUUCUUUCUCUUGUGAAUGCUGUGUCAUUGAUGUCGAUGAGUGACAAAAGCACGUAUCCUCUUUUGUCUCUGCUUAUUCAGACAUACUGCGCCCUUGCGGCGUGUGCGCAGAUCUAAUGCACGCACACGCACACGCACACGCACCGUACACGUGCACACGUGCGCGCUUGCUGGCGCGUGCAAACGCCAGUAUGAUACUCCAUAUGUAGUUGUAGAAUUUCGUCGCUCUUCUCAUCUGAUUUGUGUUGGUGGCAGUGCGUGCGUGGGCUUGCUUAUGUAUCACCUUGUUCAGCUUUUGUGCUUUCGUCUUCCUGCGAUGACUUUUGUGCUCUAGAUUUGUGCUGUCUUGCUUAUGAUGGAGAUCACCGUGAUGUGAUGUGUGACAUGCAGCUUGUCUGCGAGCUUGCAUUCUGUAUUCACCAUGUCAGUGUGUGCUGCUUGCGUCUUGCGUUUAUUGUUCGCAUUCACGUUUAAGUAAAACCUCAUGUGAGUCAAAC